CAACAACUUUUGUUGCCCAUCUUCAGAUCCCAUGGUUGUGGUUGUUGAGGAGGAAAGGAGGAGGAAAGAGCUCCCUCUCUUUCUUUUUCUCCUUCUUUUUUUAUCUCCGUCUCUUUCUUCUCCCCCUUCACCUAAAAGGAGACACCUCUCCCAAGGCUUGCCCCCUAAAGAAGCCCCCUUCGAUGGGAUCCCUGGUUCCUGGAGUCCUUUCCCACCCUGGGAUGCCUGUGUUCCAGCUCUUGCUUGCAGCCCGGGAGGGAAGGCGAGGGAGAGAAGGAGGGCUGUGUGUGUGUGUUUAUGAAUGGGACUCUUGGAGGAUCAUUAGCUAUGCAAAUCGAAGCGGUUCAUUCAUGAGUUUUUUUUUUCCAAGCCGGGAAGGGAGGGGGAGGCGAUCUCUCUCAAAAGCCAUCUUGUGUGUUCCCCCCCUUUUCUUCUUCUUCUUCUCUCUUGUAGGCAGCGCCGAGGCUACAGCUGGAGGAACUCUCGCUUUAAGCCCAAUGUCUAGAAAAUCAUAACCAUUUUCCUUCCAAACAAACAAAACAAAACAAAAUAUUCCUGCGGGAUGGAUGGAUUUUAUGACCAGCAAGUGCCUUACAUGGUCACCAAUAAUCCCUGUGGGAGAAACUGUAAUGAGCGACCAACAAAUGUCAGGAAAAGAAAAUUCAUUAAGAGAGAUCUGGCUCAUGACUCAGAAGAACUGUUUCAAGAUCUGAGCCAAUUACAGGAGACAUGGCUUGCCGAAGUGGCUUUUCAUGGCCUCCCGCUGAAAAUCAAGAAAGAACCCCACAGUCCAUGUUCUGAACUCAGCUCAGCGUGCAGUCAAGAACAACCAUUCAAAUUCAGUUAUGGGGAAAAGUGCCUGUACAAUGUCAGUGCCUAUGAUCAGAAGCCACAAGUGGGAAUGAGGCCCUCCAACCCAUCAACUCCAUCAAGCACUCCAGUUUCGCCAUUGCAUCAUGCCUCCCCAAACUCGGCUCAGAAUCCAAAACCUGACCGGGUUUUUCCUACUCACCUGCCUCCAUCACAGCCCAUUCCAGACAACGGCUUUCCUAUGGACCACAGAUUCCGCCGUCAGCUCUCGGAACCUUGCAAUUCAUUUCCUCCUUUGCCCGCCAUACCAAGGGAAGGCCGCCCAAUGUACCAACGGCAGAUGUCUGAGCCAAACAUCCCUUUCCCACCACAAGGGUUUAAACAGGAGUAUCAUGAUCCAGUGUAUGAACACAAUGCCAUGGUUAGCAAUUCACUCAAUCAGAACUUCCCCCCUCCUAUGAUGAUUAAACAGGAGCCUAGAGAUUUUGCAUACGAUUCAGAAGUGCCUAGCUGCCAUUCCAUUUACAUGAGGCAAGAAGGCUUCCUGGCUCACCCAAACAGAACAGAAGGUUGCAUGUACGAAAAGGGACCGAGACAGUUUUACGAUGACACUUGUGUUGUUCCAGAGAAGUUUGAUGGAGAUAUCAAACAGGAGCCAGGAAUGUACCGGGAGGGGCCCACAUACCAGCGGAGGGGCUCUCUUCAGCUAUGGCAGUUCUUGGUUGCCCUUUUGGAUGAUCCAUCAAACUCUCAUUUCAUUGCUUGGACUGGCCGAGGAAUGGAGUUCAAGCUGAUUGAACCAGAAGAGGUGGCACGUCGCUGGGGAAUUCAGAAAAACAGGCCAGCCAUGAACUAUGAUAAACUUAGCCGUUCACUUCGUUAUUAUUAUGAGAAGGGGAUCAUGCAAAAGGUUGCUGGGGAGAGAUACGUCUACAAGUUUGUUUGUGAUCCUGAAGCCCUCUUCUCCAUGGCCUUUCCAGACAACCAGCGUCCUUUGCUGAAGACUGACAUGGAACGCCAUAUCAAUGAAGAGGACACCGUCCCACUGUCUCACUUUGAUGAAAGCAUGGUCUACAUGCAAGAAGGAAGCUGCUGUAACACCCACCCUUAUAAUGAAGGCUAUGUGUAUUAACCACAGUGACACUAAAGAAUACCCUUUCCUCUGGCCCAUUCCCACCUGCCCACAAAAGCUUUCCCUCUUUCAUGAGACCAGGAGGAAAGCUGAACCCCCUUCAGUUGGUUUUGUAAAAAAAAUAAUUAAAAAGGGUGUUUUUUUAAAGAAUAAAAUAGUACUAUAAAGGGGCUUCUCCUGUUGCAUUACUCCUAUGGUCUGCCAUGGACAGUGCACUUUAUUUGAAAGGGGAAGAUUGGGAUCUAAUGAUUUAUUCUUUGGAACAAGAAGAAAAAGGAUGGGUCUGCUUUUCUUUUAUUCUUUUCCUCUUUUCGUGUUGGGAAUGGAACAUACAGAGUUUAAGUAUAAAGCUGUAUCAUGUCUUUAUUUUUGUUUUGUUAUGUUUCAUAUUGGCUUAAAGAUUAUUCUACAUGUUUUCUGGGUAGCUGUAGUACCGUUAAUUCUAGGAGUGGUCAAUAAUCAUUUGUACAUUAUUUGAGGAGUUGUCUGCCAUGGGCACUUUCCCUUUCCUGUUGCCUCACCUUAUUUUCUGCAUUUUGUUUUUCAAAAAACAUACAGAGAACAUAAUUUCACUGAAUCAGAACAUUGAUCCUUCAAUGUGGUGAUGUUUACACAGGCUGGAAUGACUCUUUGAGGGUUUCAAUGUAUGUCUUUCCCAGCAUUAUUGGGAGAUUAGAGAUGCAGUUCUUCACAAAUUUCAUCGUUGGAGGAGGCAAGAAGUGAUUUUAACUUAUUUUUUCCUGCCAUGAAAAGGUCUUCAGAAACUGCAGUUUUUGGAAACUAUUCACAGUUUGGGACUUCUUCUGUACAAAAUUAACACACACAAAAUUCUUCUGUUCAGAAAACAGCAUUUUCAGUGUAUAAAAUAUUACUUUGUGCAGAAAAUGCUGUAGUUGGAAACUACAGCAAAAUUGUGCACUUUUUGGUACAGAACAGUACUUUCUGUCCAUUUAACAGCAUUAUCUGCACAGAAAAUACUAUGUUCUAUGGUGGAAAAUAGAGCAUAUUUUGUGCAGAGUACACCCUGAAGUGCAAAUAUUCUCAUUACAGUUCAUUGUUUUUAUUUUGUAAGAAUUGAGCAAAGACAUUCUUUGAAAAAAAAUUGAGCUUAUAGACAAUUUUGACUAUCCGAGAAGCCAAAAUAACAGGUUACUUUUUCUAGGGCAUUGUGUAUUUAAUUUUUGCAAGUCUGGGUUUCAAUAUCAGUGUAUUCAACCAUGAUGAUGCUAAAUUGACACUGUCCUUUCCUUUUUCAAAAGAAUCCUUAGCUUUAACCUCAGUAUGAUUGGCACAGACAAAACAGUUGUCUUUAACCUGGGAAUAUGUGUCUCUAUUGAAUCUGACCAGUGCAAAUGAGAGAUAAUUUCAUUUCAAUCUACAUAUAGAAAAUGUACAAAAUUCUCGCUCACCCUCCAUAUUUGGGACAGAAAGAACAUAAGCUUUAAAAUAUUCAAGUGUGUUCAUGGGUUGUGUGUGGCAAAACUCGACAGAGGUUUUUUGUCCCUAUAACUAUGUGCAUGUAAAGUAUAUAAUCUGGCAGUAAUGGCAGAUUCAGGACUCAAUAUAGUACUGUCCCUUUUUGAUUUUCUUCUAAUGCCACAAUUUGUUUUGUAUUUUGCCCUCUCUUUAAAUUUCUAAAAUAAGCCCUUCCUGCUUUGUGUUCAUUAAUGGAUCAUUAAGGAAAGAAUUCACUCUGGACUGAAGAGCACAAUUCCUGGCUCAAAACUGCAAAUUGCAGGGUUGUAGCUUAGCUUCUUGUAUCUGGUGCCAUCUUGCUAUGCAAGUACAGCACAUUUGAUCUUUUUAGACCUUUCAGUACCCACCUGAGUAUAAUAAUUACAUGUGCUAAAACAUUUUGGAAUAUCAUUUCAACAUUAAAUACAGGAUUGUGAUCACAGAGGAGAUCUAUUGCGUCCUUCCAUUUGCUUUGGUGCAUAAAUAAGUUAUUUAAUCAAUAGGAAUUAACUGUACUAGUUCUCAUAUCUCAUCCUGCUGUUUAGACUGCAGUGCACACUCCUUGAGCAAAAUAUCCAAUACACAACAUAGGUACUUAAAUAAUUUUAGACAUGGUACCCAUUAAUAUGCAUUUAAACCUUUUACUGAUGCGUUAUGUUGAUAAACAUAUAUACAUACUAGGUAAUGCUAAUGCUUAUGCUGCUGUCUUAUUUCUGUAAAAUUAUCUUUGCUGACUUUACUAUGCCCAUUUAUAAGCAAUGCUGUAACUACAGGUAGCAUUUCAGGACAAAAUAGAUGACUUGAACCAUUUAUUGCUUAGAGAAAAAAAAUCGCUUAUGCCACAGCUGUGCUAUAAGCAGCUUUUACGCGCAUUGAGAAAUGAAGAGUAAGCCUGUGUUUGCUAAGAGGAGCUCUGCAGAACUUUUUAUAAUUUCAGUGGAGCACAGACUCUACAAACUGUCAGAGAGUACAAUGAUUUUGCUGUAUAAUGUUGUAGUGCUGGCACUGAAGCUUAUCAAUCAACUUUGUUUUGGACACUAAAUGUACAUGUGAUCAGAUGUUCGAAAGACCAUUUCAAGGUUCUUUUUUAACUUUCUUUUAAAACUGUUUUUAAUUUUUUAAGUUUGAGAAGGCUAAUGUCAAAAGGAAGACACACACAUUUAUUCUGCAUAUAAAAUUUAAAAAGAAAAGAUUUAAAUAUUUAUGAACAUCUUUUAUUAAAACGUUGUGUUUCCUAGUUUGAAAAAGAUAGAAAUGAGGUUUGAGCUGUCCAGUGAGUAUUUUAAACAGUGAUUCUCCACAAAAGCCUAGACACACACACACUUUGACAAUUAAGAUCAACUCUGAAAGAAGGAAGGCGGGAAUAGGAGUCCAUAAUCGUUAGCCACAGAAAUAAUGUUUCAUUGUAAAUGACAUGAUAUCAAAGAUGCCUUGAGGUGGUGAUUUACUUUGCACUCACUGUCGAUCAGGAAACCAGUAAAGCUAUAAAUGAUUUAUUAUGCAAUUCAUUUCAGACUGAUGAGUAUGAGCCACUAUAAACCACACAGCUGUAGAAAUAGCACACUGGUUAUGCAUCUAAAAUACACAGAGAAGUAUAAGAUAACCUAAUAGGUGCAUGUGUAUAGUUUCAGGGCAUGUUAUCCUUUCAAAAAAUGGACCACCCUUUAAGUAUUUCCAGGUGUAAUCAGUAGUUGAAAAAAAUGGACCACCAUUUUAAGUAUUCCCAAGUGUGAUCAAUAGUUGAUGUCAACAGUUGACUUUAAACUUUCUUGGGAAACUUGCCGGUUGGUAGCAAUGAGGGAAAGCAUUACCUUGAUUUAUUUUCGACCAGCAUCUACAGACAUUUCAACAGGGGAGAAAAUGAAAUUUAUAAGAUUUGACUGUCUCCUGGCAAUGAGUGAGAAUUUCAUUUUAUAUCAGGAUUUCCCAAAAUGGACAAAAUUUGAACGUACAAGAAGGCAGAACUGACAGAUUGGCCAAUCCCUACCUGUAGGCCAAAUCAGACACCCAUUUGACUUAUUAACAGAUUGGAAUUUGAUCACUAAUACUAGAAGGCAAAAGGAGUCAUAACCCUUCCUUUAUCUUCCUUUGCUUCAUUGCUUUCUCCUUCUUCCCUUGUGUGUGUGUGUAUGUAUACAAGGAUUAGGCGACUGGCUGAAAUUAGCAUAGUGUUGUGGCUUGAAGCUGGUGUGUGUAUGUGCGUCAGGUUUUGAUCCUUCUACUAUAAACCAUUUACUCACCUUGCUUCAUAGCAAAAUGGACAAAUGCCUGGUUUGGUCUCCUGGGUGUCAACCUGCUCUCCACAUCCAUGGAGUGAUGUCAGGACUCAAUGGUACAUAUUAAGGAACUGCAUUCAUUGGGUGGAAUGUCUUUGAUGGGCAAGUUGUUCUGGAAAAUAUUCCGUGAACAUUUUUUUACUAAGAAAAUGCAAAGCCUGAAAAUAUUUGGUGCAUGCAAAGAAGAAAGCCAUUGGGGAAAUCCAGAUUUAGAAAACCAUAUGCUGCUGUUUUCACUGAAUUGGAGCCCUGGAUGUACAAAUUCGGCCACCCCUCUUUAAUGAAACAUUCUGCAAUUGCUUUUGGUUCAUCAAUACUGGUACAAUGCAUCUUGUUAGUACAGUGUGUCUUGUUAGGAAAAGUAUAUCUGGCGAAUGCAAUGGAUGAUUUUAAAAAAGGAACUGUUUCAACUGUCUAAAGAAUAUUUUUAAAGAAAGUAUAUAUACUGUAUAAGGUAGUGAGUCACUGUAAAAAACAAAACAGGCAUUUCACCCGCCAUUGAAUGAAUUACCAAGACAAAGUUGUAUGACAAGUUGUUAUAUGGAAUUGAUUGACCCUUUUGAAACUGUAUCUUUUUUUGAAAAGUUUAUUUUAAGUUCUGUUCAAAUUCCACAUUUUUCCAGGUAGAUAAAUAAAUCUGGCAGCUGAUUUCUGAAA